AUGUCUGGCCGCGGUAAAGGAGGAAAAGGAUUAGGAAAGGGUGGUGCCAAGCGUCACCGUAAGAUUCUGCGUGACAAUAUCCAAGGUAUUACUAAACCUGCAAUUCGUCGUCUUGCGCGCCGUGGUGGUGUCAAGCGUAUUUCUGCUUUGGUCUAUGAAGAGACUCGUGCUGUCUUGAAGUUGUUCUUGGAAAGUGUUAUUCGCGAUGCUGUCACCUAUACCGAACACGCCAAGCGUAAGACCGUCACUUCUUUGGACGUUGUCUAUUCUUUGAAGCGCCAAGGCCGUACUAUUUAUGGUUUCGGUGGUUAA